CUGGGUUCACUGCAGUCCAAAAACAAGACGAAUCAUUUCACCAGUUCAAAAAAAGGGAAGAUCUUGCUUUGACACAGUCCUUCUCCUAAUCUUCCCCAUUCUAAGAGAGGGGAAAAAACCACCUCCAAUCCUGCUAGAAGACUGAGAGUCAUCAAGUUGCUGUCUCAUGAGCCCUGUUUCUCUUUUAACUUCCCAGAGUCCAGGUGUCUUCCAUGUGGGACUGCUCUCUGACUUCCAGCAGUGCUUCAGACAGUGAGAUGUCUGGCAGCUGUAGAGCGAAGCCCUCAGAACUGAAUAUUCUGGUGAAGUGGUGAAGCUCCAGAUCCCGAUGCUUUUGGUGUCUUCUCUGUUUUCUGUUGGUGUCUGUGGGGAAGAUACUGAAGAAGAUGCAGGCAUGCUGAAAACUUCAGAAAAGCGAGCCAUGAGUCUUUUUGAAAGCUGAAAAGAGGACCCCUGAUAGGGUCAUGAACCUAAGACAAGUCUUUGUGUCUGUACUGCUGUUUGGAGUAGCUGGUCUACUCCUCUUCAUGUAUCUACAAGCUUGGAUUGAAGAACAACAUACAGAGUCUGGAAAAAAGCUGCAGCAACAGAUAAUUAAUCAGGAUUUCACACUCCAACCUCCGGGGAUGCCAAGGGAAGCAUUAUGGAGCAGAAGCGCUCCCGUGAGCCUCAGUAAGCAUGAGAUGGCUGUCUCAAGCAGCAAGCACUGGCAGGGCAAGGCUGACCCUUUCAGUGUGGUAGCUGCCUCCUUGGUGAGCCAACUGCCUGACCAGCAGAAGACAAGCGAGUCACCUCUCAGCUGGUUCAGAGUGUAUUUACCCCCUGCACUGCACCCAUUAAACAAGACGUUAGUCAAGGGUAACAAGUGGAAGGAUGUAGAUAGCACGCAGGAAAAGCGCAGGUCAUUCCUGCAUGACUUCUGUAAGAAGUACAACAGCAGAAAGAAGCUGCAAACCCACCUGGUACACCUGGUGUCAAGAAUUUACGUGGAGGACAGGCACAAGGUCCUGUACUGUGAAGUGCCAAAAGCAGGCUGUUCCAAUUGGAAAAGGGUCCUCAUGGUGCUCAGUGGACUCGCCACUUCAGCACACAACAUUUCCCAUGAUGAUGUACACUAUGGAAAGCACCUAAGGAAACUGGACAGUUAUGACCUAAAAGGGAUAUACGCACGCUUGAACAUGUACACCAAGUUUAUAUUUGUACGUGAUCCUAUGGAAAGACUGGUAUCUGCCUUCAGGGAUAAGUUUGAACAUCCAAACAGCUAUUACCAUCCAGUAUUUGGGAAGGCAAUAAUUAAGAAGUAUAGACAUAACGCAGAUGAAGAGGCUUUGAAAACAGGAUCAGGAGUUAAGUUCAAGGAGUUUAUCCAAUAUUUGUUAGAUUCCCAUCGACCAGUAGGAAUGGACAUUCAUUGGGAGCAAGUCAGUAAGCUCUGCUACCCCUGCCUCAUCAACUAUGAUUUUAUAGGAAAGUUUGAAACCCUGGAAGAAGAUACCAAUUACUUUUUGCAGCUGGUAGGUGCUCCAGCCGAUCUGAAGUUCCCUAAAUUCAAAGACAGACAUUCCUCUGAUGAGAGAACAAGUGCAGAAGUAGUGAGGCAAUACUUAAAGGAAUUGUCUAAGGAGGAGAGACAGCUGACCUAUGACUUCUAUUACCUUGAUUACUUAAUGUUCAAUUACACAUCACCAAGUGUAUAGCACCAGAAUAGCUUCAGGCUUCUAUUAGAUAUUUAUCAUUUUGGGAUUCAAAGCAACUACUUUGAUAUCAGCCCUGAAAGGAAACAAAGUUACUGCUAAAUGGAGUUGACUUAGUGGGGAUUUUAUAAGCUAGAGUGAUAUCAAUUGACAUUAAAUUAUAAGAAUGCACAGAAAAGAAGACCUGUUAACAGCAUAAAUUGCACUAAAAUGCCUGAAAAAGCUGCUUUUACGAUUGUGGAUUACACUAUGGUAGCUCAGCCAGCUGUUGCGUUAUCUUACCUAAUGUUCUUUUAAUGUUUUACGAAGAAAACAUUCAGAGUAGCGUGAUUCUUUUUUGGUGUGUCUGCUUUAGAAAUUGUUUUUGAAACAACUUUUGAAUGUAUUUUUACUUUCUGUCAGUUAUUAAUAAAGAAGCAUUGGCUAAUUUUC